AUGUCAGUGGCAUCGUGUACUGGUGGUGGUGUUGUAUUAUUUCGAAUUUCAUCACCAGCUUAUUCGGUUGUUCGUAACUUGCUACGGCCAAGGCGGAAUAUACCAUUCCGAGGAAUUUACAAAACUGAGGGCGACCUGGUUUAUUUGAAAAGAGAUCGAGGCGGACAACUAUUACUUAAAGCGAUAACAGAUGGUCGCGUAAUGAUUACUCAAGAAAAAAUAAAUCCAGACUUCUCUAUACCCGAAAUGUUAUCCUAUGAAGGUAUGGAGGAAAUUUAUAAAUUAACAUUCAAUGUGCUCCCAUUGGAUAUGUCACAGUCGUUCAGUGUGUCCGGCGAUAUCUAA